AUGCCUUUGUUUCGACGGUCUAGAUGGAGAGAUCCAGAGCACUCUUGCGGGAGGGGCAUCAUUAACUCUUUGCUCACACGCAAGAAAGCUUGGUAUGCCGAAGGACCUGCGCUCAAAAAGUACCAGGAUGACGUUGAAGCGAUCGUCCACGACGUUUUCAGGAGCAUUGGGCUGGAUCGUGCAGAGGUCUACUUUCGACUCUACAUGAUUGGUUCAGCGACAAGAAGCUCCGAGCCGACGAUAAUGGUCUGUUGCAUGAACAGUGCCAUUAGAUCUCGGGUCAAAGACGAAUUGAGAGGGACCCUAGCUCUUCAAUCUUUUCCGGAAUUCCAGAUCCACGGACUCCCACACCCUCUGGAACAACGAACUCCAGCACAAACACUAGCGAGAACAAGCUUUCCCAGCAUUUCUUCAGAAAGUUCAGAUAAAGCUUUACUGGAUGACAACGAUGUUUAUUCUCAGUCGACUUCUCUAAGUGUAGGACGAAGUCUAUUGCGAGGCCACCACGCUGGAGAACUUGCAUUCUGGGCUACGGGUGGCGUUUUUCUCCUGAUCAAUGGCAACCACUAUCAGUUGACUUCAGAGCAUGAAUGUGACUUUCUGUCUAUGCGGAGAAAUAUCACAUCACAACUCGACCUAGACACCGACGCUCUUUCCGUCAAUGGAAGCAAUGAUGAAGAUUAUGGCCACUUGAGUGAUGAAGAGACAUUACGAGCCAACUUUGAUGUUCUGAGCCAGGGAAGCAUCACACCUACAUCUGGCUUUUCACGAAGCUCAAUUUCACUUGCUCAAUCUGCCGACUCUUCCUGGGAUGAAGAGAUUCUGGACAGGGAACUUGUCUUGAGCCACAUCGAUAGGAUCGCAUGUCCUGUGACUAUCAAUACCUUGCUCAACCCCGAUGGACUCAAGAUACCCAUUCACAACAAUCACAAAUCUCAAUAUCACAAUACCUUAGAUGGACCGCCGUAUCAACCCUCGCCGAGCCGAAUAGGCUCUAUCGCCUUUCGGGCUAGCGAAGGCUCUCGCCCUGAGCUUGAUUACGUCUUGAUUUCGACACCUGCGCCCACGGUGUCUGAUCUCUCUAACAGAGUCACCGUACCUCACGAAGAUGGGUACAGAUGCAUAUAUAUCCGUGACGUGGCAUCAACAGGUCUUGAAACGCAAGAAGUAUAUUUGAUAGGGAACGCCGACACAGUUCGUAGAGGCUUCCUUGUACCUGGGUUCACUCUGUUUCAGAACCCAGACUUCAGCUCAGUCCAAAGGCUCCAGGUUGUGCAGCUUGAUGAAGGAGAAUUCACCAUGGGUGACUCUGGCACUGCUGUCAUCGACCAACAGUCGGGUUCUUUCUACGGCCACGUCAUCAGAGGAUGCCCAGGUAGCAGAACAGGCUAUAUUGUUCCAGCCAUCAAGACCUUUCAUGAUUUAUCAUCUAUGGAACGUUCCCCUAAGCUGAGGUUUGAAGAUACCUGUCUGGAAAUCUGUCAUGGAGAAGAUGAUGAUAGACCUGAGGCACCAGCACACGGUACGAAGGUCUGGACGACGAUGAAAGAUGCCUCAACUCAGACUACAUGGCGGUUACCUCCGACACCUCCAGAAUCUCAAGUGGGCGAUGUCCCUGUCGAAGUAGCCCAGUCGCCCUCAGACCUGAUCAUGCUGAUGGAAGAACUUGAUGGGGCGGAUGAUGGUGAUGUCUGGGCCUCAUUUUUCGACCCACACGAAGAACGGUCUUUGCACAAAAUCAGUUUCCUUAGAGACUUUUGUCGAGGGGCAACAAUUGAAUCACUAAAUCGAAUGAGCUGCCCGAGGCUGAAUAUCUGGCUGGACCAAGAGGAUUACGGAAAACAAGCCCGUUACCCCCAUUCGAAACUUCUGAGCGCCGGUGACUUGCUCAGAGUGCUGAAGCUGAAAACAAUGAACGACGCCUCAUACCUAGAUCGUUGGGCUGCAUUAGUUCUUGCUGCGACAAGUUACCGGAAGGAGAGAUUGGCUCUGAGCGAUGGUAUAUACAGACAUCUGACAUCCCGUGCUUACCUUAAUUUUUCUACGGAUCACUCCUCGUCUACAUCGUUCUGUCUGGAGCUUCACCUGCCUUACUGGGUUUGGAGAAGGGACAAAGAAUUUAGACGUGCGUCCCGGGACAAUGGCGUCCUAACACCACUUCGCCAGUCGAUCAAGGUUUUCCGCCCUUUAUCAACGCAUCAAGCUCACCCGCAAGAGAAAGACAUUUGGCAUCUUCAUCAAGCCCAUCUAUCAUGCAUCAUUGUUGGUGAGGAUGAAAAGAGUUGGAAAGCUUAUACAUUUGCCGACACCUUCUUUGCGAAUGAACCAAGCAUCAGAGAACUAACCUCGGACGCGUCUGAAAGUCAGGGAGGUCUCUCAGCGUACCCGUCAAUUUUCGGAAGACGUACUGACAAAAGACUUUGGGAUCCUCGAAGACUUUUCCAUAGAGAGAUGAACUUUCGCCUACAAUCUAUCACGUGGGAAUGGGAGAAUCUUGCGUGCCAAUUUCAGAUCAUGUUUAUUCGUGAUACAGAAAUUCAUACACCUUCGAAAGCUGGGGAUAGUACAAUAGACAUUGACUGGCCUGGUCGCAUGUGUAGUGUUCUCACUCAGUCGCUCUCGACUCUCUCUGCCACAUUAGAGACAUUAGAGGAGAAAAAGAAGACAUACGAACUUCAUUCCUUCGUCUCGAGCAAUACUUCUUCGCCUCUUCACGAGAAAAUCCGGCUUGACUUGAAAAAGACAUGCGACGACCUUAAUGAUUGUCAACGCUCUCUGUAUACUUUACGAGAGAUUUUGGUCCUUGAACAAAGCCGAAUUCAGGCCAAACAAUCUCUGAGGCUCGCGCUUGAUCAAGAUAAUUCGGUGACUUUACUUUCUUGGGUGACUAUCAUAACUCAACCACUCGUACUAGCCGCGUCCAUAUUUGCCUGUGGUGAUCUGGUACUUGGACUCCCUAUAACAUCUCCGCCAUUACAAUUCUUGGCCUUGCUGUUGUGCGCCAAUGUAGUUCUGCUGGUAAUCGUCUUCUUGGCUCCACGAAUAGCCACGAGGAGGUCAGUCAAAUGGGGGGCUUCUCGGCCGCCUGUUGUCGACAUAGAACUUCAGAGAGACAGUGAUGAAGGCGACAGCCACCGUCAGUCGCCUUCUUCCUCGCCAAUUGUGGAGUUACCUGAUUUUUGGCGCCCACAUGCGCUGGCCCCGCCACCUGCUCUGAGCGGAGGUUUUCGACGCCGAAGCGGAAGGGGCUAG